AUGGCGAGAAAACCCGCCUCGCAUUCUGCGGCCUCAAAGACGUCCACUCCUGUGGCGGCAGCGAAACCACCUCCAGCAGCACGAACAUCAUCAGGCUCUAUAUCAUCUCCUCCCGCAAGCGCAGUCAAACCUACACCCCAGAGCACGUUAUCACCUCGGUCGUCGCCCCGGCAAAUUAUUGUUCAUGUCUGGAAUAGAUACUUGCAAGAUACUCCAUCGCGAACGAUGCUGUUGGACGUCUUCAUGGCCUUCCUCGUCGUCAUUGGCGCCACACAAUUUUUAUAUUGUGUUCUAGCAGGCAGUUAUCCUUUUAACGCUUUUCUCUCCGGCUUCUGCGCCGCAGUCGGUCAAUUCGUCCUUACCGCGUCGCUGAGGAUGCAGACGUCAGAAAGACCUCCUGCAGGGGCAUCUACAGCCGCGAAAAAGAGCUCUACCAAGACUGUUGACGGUGCGAGCGGCGAGCUGGUUGAAGAUGGAAAGAUCGGCUCUGAACGGGCGUUUGCGGACUAUAUCUUUGGCAGCCUCAUCCUUCAUGGUUUCUGUGUCAACUUCAUCAACUAG